GCAAACAGUCUCCAAGGGACAUCCACCGUAAACGGCUGGUAGCGAGAAGGCUCCUACCAUCCCCAGUGACAGACUUGUGCAUCAGACUGCAAUAUUUUCAUUGUGUGUACUAAAAAAAUUUAAAAACAAAUAACACCAGUGAUGCAUUACGAUAAAAGCAAGUCGCAAGUUGUUCGUAAAGUAAGUCAAGUGCCAUCCGUCCUAGCAUUGGCUCAAACUGCCCCGGAUGCCACACGUUUUGGUGAAUCCUUUCGCAUUCUCUUUAGAUGGAAGGGAAGCAUUUACAAGUUCAUUUGGAGAGACUUGUUAGUAUACUACAUUCUUUUUUACCUGCUGUCCAUCCUGCACAGCGUUCUAGACGACGAUGGAAAAAAAACGUUUCAGGCUUUGGCGAAAUACUGCUUAAAAAAUUCCAAUUCUAUUAACCUAAUGAUCAUGUUGACAUUUUUCACGACAACUGCAAUGCAGCGUCUGUUUUCCAUGCAAACGACGAUUCCAGGAACGGCUAAAGUCAUCACCUGUUUCAUCAUGUCAGUCAAGCCAAAUUUACCGGAAGGUCCAAUCAUCGUUGAACAGUUUGCACGUUGGACAGUUUUAGCGUGGAUUUUGACUUUUCGUGUUGUUUGCAAACCAUUGCGCACAAUGUUUCCCGACAUGAUUUCCCUUCAAGUGGCAGGAAUCAUACGUGAAAAAGAAAGGGUAAUCUUAGAGCGAGUGGAGACCGAAGGAAACAAAACACCCCGUGCAUUGGUAGUUAUCGAUUGGAUGCUGUUGUUACUCAAAGAAACUGCGAUACACAAUCGCUUUGCAGAAAAAUCUAAUCACCUUAAGGUUAUCGAAAUGCUAAUGACCUUCAAAAAAAGCUGCGGGAACACCAUAAAGUUUGCAACGAAGAACAUUCCCUACGCGCUAAUUCAGGCUGCCAUUAUAGUCGUCUAUGCGUAUGGUUUAGUCACGUUGAUGGCUCGGAAUUUUGAAGAAGCUGGCAGCAGUGGCUUUCUGGAAGGCAUCGUUAACUAUUUUCCUGUUAUUCCCAGCAUGCAGUUUUUCAUUUUUCUCAUCUGGUUGAAUUUUGGCCGCACUGCAGUGAAUCCAUUUGGAACUGACGAAGAAGACAUCAAUGUCAAGCACUUGCUUGAGACUCAUAUUCAGGAUUCUUUUCGCUUGGCGAAUCUCUACACACAGGAUUUGGAUCAAAUCUUUGGUGUCAUGCCACAGCAACCAUACAACGAAGCUUCUUUACCCCAAAAUACUACUCCUGUUGGGAAAUAGUGUACGAUGCUUGCAAAUAAACCAAAUUUGUUUGUGUAAA